CCUCUCUCAUAGAUAAAACUGAAUGCAGCAUGGUCAAGGGCACCGGCUGAAAGAAGCAGAUAGAAAGCAGAAAGCACCCAGGAGGAGAGGAACCUCGUGUUAAGAGCUGUCAGAGGAGAAGUCAGUCAGUUUUGAGCCGUUUAGAAGACACGAUUCCAGUGAAGCAUCAAUGGACCAGGCAAGGUCAACAAUUUCCAAAAUUUUUAAUGGAGAGCCCCACUCCUACACCCGCUUCAACUUGACACGAAACAUGGAAGGUGAUAACAGCCAGGUGGAGAUGAAGCUGUCGUCCGACAUGGAUGAAGACGUCGGGGGAAAUGGCGUUGGAGAACACCUUAACCACAACUCAAACCGCAGACCUUACGUGGCUAAUAAGUUUGGGCGCACCCCCAAGAACCUCUGCUUCAUGGCAGCCACCGUCCUUCUCAUCUUCAUCAUAGGGUACUUGAUUGGCUUCUUAGUUCAUCGAAAGAAGGAUGCAUCCCCUGUCUGUGCAACCUCUGCUCUGCCUUUAGAAAGAGAAUUCAUUCCCCAUGAGACUGGUGCUGCCCCGCUCAUGGACUGGGGCAUUGUCAAAAAGCUCCUCAAACAGAAAGUGUCUGCAGAAAAAUUUGGGCCUGUUUUGAGUCAGUUUUCUAGGGAUGAACACCGUGCUGGUUCACCAGGAGAUGAAGCUUUGGGAAACAAGGUGCUUGACAAGUUUAAAGAGUAUGGCAUGAAAACUUGGACCGAUGAGCACUUUGUGAAGGUUCAGGACCCCCCAGCUUCUGGAUUCAAUGUAUUUGUUUUCAAGAACGGGACAGCUCAGAGGCUGGAAGGAUUCUUAUCCUACAGCAAAACUGGAAAAGCAACAGGGUCCGUCUUGUACGCGCAUUACGGGCAGGAAAGUGACUUCGGGAUCCUGCACGACAGAGGCAUCAACACGACUGGAAGAGUCAUGCUGAUCAGGGCUGGAAAGAUUAGCUAUGCUGAGAAGGUUGCCAAUGCUGCCAGCAUGAAAGCUGCUGCUGUGUUAAUCUACCCAGACUCCACAAGUUACUCCACUCCUCUGUUUGGACAUGUCCACAUGGGCUCAGGAGAUCCCUAUACCCCAGGCUUCCCCUCCUUCAACCACACCCAGUUUCCACCAGUCCAGUCUUCAGGCCUUCCACAAAUCUUGGCACAGACCAUCUCCAAGUCUCAGGCUACAAAUAUUUUAGAUGAACUGGGCGGUCAGGCUAUGCCUGAGGGAUGGGGGAUGAUGAACAAACUGGGAGGAGAUAGCGACAUUAUUACCGUGGAGGUCAACAAUGUUCUUACAGAGAAGAGGAUAAACAACAUCUUUGGGGUCAUCAAAGGCUUUGUGGAUUCAGACCGCUAUGUGGUUAUUGGUGCCCAGAGGGAUGCAUGGGGUCCAGGUUUCGCUGCAUCUACUGUUGGCACCAGCAUCCUUGUUGAGCUGGCGCGAUCAAUCUCAGACAUGGUUGAGAGCGAUGGAUUCAAACCAAGAAGAAGUAUUGUGUUUGCAAGCUGGAGUGGUGGAGAAUAUGGGAACAUUGGUGCCACCGAGUGGUUGGAGGGUUAUCUCUCAUCUCUGAGCAGCAAAGCCUUCGCCUACAUCAACCUGGAUGCUGUGGUAACAGGUCAAGCUGGAUUCAAAGUAGCAGCGAGUCCUUUGAUGCACAAUCUGGUCCUGAGUGCUAUGAAGGAGGUGAACUUCACCAACGCGGGAACUAUCUUUUCUAAUUUUGGAAAAGGCAACUGGGAAACAGAUGUGCUUCAAUCUUUGAUGAUGAACGAUGCUGCGUAUCCAUUUGUCGCCUUUUCUGGCAUUCCCUCGCUUUCAUUCAGGUUCAAGUCGGACACAGAAGAAUACCCGUUCUUCGGCACAGCACUGGACACCCAGGGGAAUCUGAACAGGGCCACCAGAAGUUUGGUUCCUCAGCUGACUGAAGCGGCGGCCAAGUUUGCCGGUCACAUAGUGUUGAGGCUUGUGCACGAUCACCUGCUGCGCUUUGACGUGAAGAAGUACGACAAGAUCAUACGCGCUCAAGUGGUUAAGAUCAAUGCAAAAGUCAUGAAAUUGCGAAGGCUGCAGCCCCAGAAGCUGCCCAAGGCCCUGACGGUGCAGUGGCUGAUUUCAGCCCAAGGCUCCUACAGCCGUGCCUCUGACAGCCUGAUGACAGACAUCCAGAAAAGCAACCUGGACGACAUCGAGUUGUGCCGAAUCAUUAAUGAUCGUAUCAUGGCUGUUGAGAGGAACUUACUGUCCCCGUAUCUGUCUCCCAGUGAAAGUCCUUUCCGUCACAUCCUGCUGGGAUCGGGCCCUCACACUCUCAGGGGUCUGUCCAACCACCUUGAAGCCAUCAGAGACAACCCCAACAUGGACGCCGACGAGUUCCGCAACCAGUUUGCCCUUGCUACCUGGACCCUCCAAGGUUGUGCUAACUCACUCGCAGGAGACAUCUGGGCCUUGGAUAAUGAAAUCUAAAAAAAAAUUCACUCUUUAUCCCCUUUCUUCAUGGUUUGGCCCUCUCUUCAAAACUGACAGUGUGAAAACAGAUCAUCUGUGAAAAUACAACAAGUCACAGCAGCACAGAUUUAAAAAUAUCAAGUAAAAGAUAAAUGUGGAAGCAUUUCUGAACGCCACAGCCUUCACUUCUGUUUGAUCAUUUCAGCUGCCUAAACUCUUUCAAUUCUAAAAGUCUCCAUUACACCAAACUUUCAAGUUCAAACAUGCUCAUUGCUGCCUUAACAUGAAUUAAUAACAGUAAUAAUAGGUCAUCCUCUCUUUCCCAACCUCGGAAAGAAAAGUUCUUUCAUUACGUGGCAUUUUAAACACUUUGGUGCUAGUAACAUCUACCUGAAACAGCCAUUUAUUGUGGCAGUACUACAUAAACUAACAUUGUCCUAUGAAUGAGUUGAAUGUAGAGAAAGUGAUGCAUUUUCAGCACAGUAUCAUCCUCAGGAAAAGCUGUUUGCAGGCACAGAGACUAACUAAUCUUAACAUGGUGGUCAGAUAUAAUAAGCUAACACUAGAUCGUUUGUUUACCGUGGCUCUUACGGAUCAAAACUGCUGGUUUUUCUGCUGCUGCUGGAGCCUUACGAUCAAACAUGAGCUGGUUUGUGUCAGUAGCUGAAACAUACUGUGCUGAAAUCUGCUGCUCAACUCAUCGUCAGUGAUUCAGAUUUUACAGGGGAAGAUUUAAAUUGGAUUCAGUAAGAUUUUGGACAAUCAUCAGCGUGUCCAAGAGACUUUGAGUCUCAAUGACAUGCAGUUUAAAAAAAACACAUUAAAUAAUAAUGAAAAAAAUCGGAUUAAUCCAUCUCCUGACAUGAGCGCAAACUUCUGCAGGCCUCUAAAACAAAGAGAGAUGAUCUCCAACCAUGUGGCACUGAAACUAAAAUCGUACGUCUAUUUAUUGUGUUAUUUAUUUAUCAGUGGCAGAGAUCACUAUAAAUAGUUUUUUUAUCACCUUUUAUAGAAAAAACGAUGUAUAAUUAUCGGGAGCAGUGCCUUCCAUAAUUAUGACAGUUAUACUGUCGAAAUGACAAAAGCAGCAUCUGCUAACAGACGUGUGCAUGCGCACCGACGGCCAGUACUGAACACAGAAACAUCAGAAACCUCUGCAAACCGCACAGCUAUGAGGUUACUUAUUUAGAACUGACACUGGAUUGGCAGAUAUUUACUUUAACCCGCUCUGUGUCAGUACAAGUCCUUGGUGCAUGUACACCUCUCGUCCCAACAUUAUCGGGAGCAGUGUCUUCCAUAAUGUGCAAAAAGAAGAAGGUAGUUUUUAUUCUACCAGUGUGUGUCUGUAUCGGAGGCAGUGCCCUCCAUAUUUCACUGUAGGGGUGGAUGUUUUUAUUAUCGGGGACAGUGUUUCCCAUAAUGUAUGUAAAUACAGUACAUUGCUUCACACUGCACGCAGCGUCUGCAUCUCUAGAAGCCUUCUAUGUUUUCCUGGCUGCAGCUUCCUCAGAUGGUGCUAAGAUUUUACAUGACACUGAAAAAAACUCAAAUCCAAGCAAGAGUUUUUGUUUAUUUUUUGACCUAAGUAUCUGGUUACAUUGACUUUAAGCCUCAUAAACCUGACAAGUCUGAAUAAGUCUGAUUUCAAAAUAAAGGCUAUCUGCAGAGUCUGAGAAAGUAUCAAAAGUUGAUGAAUCACUUUAGUGAGGAAUAAGGCUUUUAAAAAGUCUUACAAGCAAGACAAAAAUUGUAAAAUAUGUAGGUUUUGACUUUUGAUUUUCAUGAAAAGAAGUUCAUGAAUUAUAUUCAGUUCUGUUUUCUUAAUUUUUAUUCUACUUUUAUGCUGCUUAUCCUGCUUGCCAGCUACUUUUAAGUAUUAAAUCAGGGUUUUUUCUUAUCAUCUAAUCUCAAAAUGCUCUAAGAAAACUACAAGUAAUACUACCAGCAUUUUCUGUCUGUUUUGUAACCUUAAACUUAAAAUUGUGAAUGUUACAGUGUAACAGGUUGGAAGUGGAGACACUAUAGGCUCUUAAAAUCCACAGGGGGUCAUGGAAAUGGCAUUAUAUAGUAUUAACUAUAAUGUCAGAUUUUCUGUAUAUGCUAUGAGAAAUUGCAAGCCAGAAGUAAGGCUUGCAUUGCUUGUAAAAAGUGAAAAUAUCAACCAACAUGGCUAGAAAAGUAUAGGGAAGUGUCUUCAAAGAUAAGACAUCAACGUCUUAUUUUAAGACAAAUUUGCUCACUCUAUUGGCUGUUUUUUUUUUUUUUUAGCUUUUGAUUCUUCAUUUUUGCCUUUUGUACCUUGAAAUAAGAUGUUAUCAAGACUUGAGUGGAGAGUUUUGCUCAUUAGGAUAGUGAGAUACUUCUGCAGGAAGUUAGACACAAACUCUUGCUAAGAUUUGAGUCUUUGCAGCGCGGGAUUUCCCAUCUAAGUAAGGUUGUCAAAAUUUCUAUACUGCAAUACUUUUUCGAUCUAAUAUGUUUUUGAUCUCUUUUUCUUUAAUGAUCCAUGGUAUGAAAAAGUGACCAAAACUUAAAAAGAGACAGCAAUUUAAUGCAAAAGGUGUGUAAGAGGGAAACCACUCUUAAAAUAUACUGGCAAACUUAUGCACACUGUCUAAACUGCACAAAAAGUGUGCAGGAGUUUGCAUGCUUUUUAAGUAGUAAAAACAAGAAACAGUCACAGUUGUAUUGGAACAGUCAACAGUAUUUUUUAGAUUUUUCAUGCAAUUGUAUUGAAGUUUAAAAUUCGGACAACUUUGCUGUUUAGUAUCACAAAGAAGCUGCUAUCUUUAAAUUCCUCUGUUGUCUCCUCUUAAUCUAAUGGGUUAUUUUUCCAUGAAACAUUAAAACGGACAUGGAGAGACUUGGUCUGAAGAAAAGAAAUGUUACAGAAAUGCUUUUGUUUGGGACCACUUUAGUUACAGCCUUGUGGUCCAUGAUUUUCAGUGAAGAUCACUGCUCUGCAAAAUAAGUUUGUUUAUAAAGAUUGAAUCAGUGUGAAAGUAAAUUCUGCUCUCUGUUUUGAUGUGUUCAUCCUUGUUGAAAUAUUUCCUUGUGCCUUUUUUAUGUUAUGACUGCAGUAUAGAGCUGAGUUUCUACAUUCACAACAGUGGAAGAUGUAUAUUUGGCUUGUUUAGUUUAGUUUUGACAUUUCUGUGUUCUUUUCUCCUGUUUUCUGCUUGAAUCACAAGUUACUGGUUUAAAAGCCUGUAAUACUCCUUAUUUUAGGUAAAAAGUACCAGUAAGAGAAUUGUAUAAAGAAAGGCAUCAUUGCCAGUUGGAUGUUAAAGUCACACCGUGAAUGUUACAGUCAUUGAUGUGAUGGUCAUUUUGAAAACACAUUCAUUGUUUUCUGUUUAUUUCAAUAUAACAACUACCUUGUGUUGUGCCUCCAGUGGAUAAAACAGAAAUUUAAUUUCAGCCUCUCUCCACAGAUCUCUUUAAUUGUCCACGCUUUCAUGUUUGGAGUGAUUAGGCUGAUCUGCUAUAAAACAGUUUUUAAAACUGUUUUUUUAGUCUAUCUAGCAUCUUCUGACAGCGCUGCAAAAACAAACAUUUAUUGGAGGAAUUGGUUUGGGAAAAAUCACAACUCUAACAUGGAUCAAGAAUGUGUUUUCAGAAACGCAAACAUGACUGCAUUUUUUUUCUCAAAGUGUAUUCAAGUCUGCUUAGCUUUCCAUCUUUUGUUGCUGCAAUAAACAAUCACACCACAAA